UUCUGUAAUAUGGAUCUGCAGGUGAACCUCAGUGUUACCUUCCAAGGUGACACCCAGACCUUCCUCGUGUCAGAUUCAUCAAAUACCACAUGGGCUGAUGUGGAGGCCAUGGUGAAAGUCUCAUUUGACCUGAAUGAUAUCCAGAUCAAAUACCUUGAUGAAGACUGUGAUGAGGUGUCUGUCAACAGCGCAGAGGAAUAUGAAGAGGCUCUGAAGAUUGCAGCAAAACAAGGACGCCAGCUACAGAUGAAUGUGUAUGAAUUAAGUGCUGCUCUGGGCAUGUCGUCAUGUCAAGUCCCUGAGAAAUCUGAGGUGUUCCCUGUUCCUGAGGAUGGGAGGAAAUCUCUCUCCCACUACUCCAUGCUUAAUGGAACCCUGGCGCAAGAUAGAGACCUGGAAAAAGAGGCCGAGAAGACCCAGAGUGAGGACCACCCCAGCCAGGAACCUCCUGAGUGGUUCACAAGCUACUUGGAAAAGUUCCGGGAGCAAGUGGUUCAAGAGACGGUUGAGACACUGGAGCAGAAGCUGAGUGAGAAGCUCCUCCUUUCCAGCCAGCCCCCGGGCUCCCUAAGCAGCUCCGCCCGGCACUCUCCCGGGAGCCCCCUGGUACAAGGCAGCCCCUUUGACUGGCUCCUCCCCUGCAGCAACUGCCAGGCCCCCAUUGUGGGCAUUCGCUACCAGUGCAGUGUGUGCCCAUCCUAUAGCAUCUGCGAGUUGUGUGAGGCUGGCCUGUAUGCCCACGAUCCCAACCACCUGCUUCUGAAGCUGCGGAGGCCUGUCGUGUGCCUCUCGGAGACCUACAACCUUGGGCAGUUCUCCCCUCGCCUGGCCACUCUGGAACAGCUCAGGCUCCAGAAACAGGUGGACAAGCGUUUCCUGAAGGCAGAGAAGCAGCGCUUGCGAGCGGAGAAGAAACAGCGCAAAGCAGAGGUGCGGGAGCUGAAGAAGCAGCUGAAGUUGCACCGGAAGAUUCAUCUGUGGCACUCUGUCCACACUCUGGACAGUGUUGGUUUGACAGCUGCCAGAUCCGAGAGCCUGCAAUCCAAUGCACUUCGUCCCCUCCAAGGCUGUCCGGUCAUUGUCCCCACGCUAAGUGCUGCCUUUGUGGAUGAAAAUCUGCCAGACGGGACCCACCUUCAGCCAAGAACAGCCUUCGUCAAACAUUGGCGCAUGAGGAACAUUGGCAGCAUGCAAUGGAAUUCGGACACCAAGCUGAAAUUCAUGUGGGGGAAUCUGACACUGGUGUCCUUAGAGAAGAAAGAUGUGACGGUGCCUUCCCUGCGACCAGGGCAAGUGGGCAUUGUGUCUGUGGAGUUUGUGGCCCCUCUGGUGGAAGGAACUUACACGUCUCACUGGCGGCUGUCGCACAGAGGGGAGCAGUUCGGGCCCCGGAUCUGGUGCAGCAUUGUAGUGGACUCCUCCGGCAUGGAUUGCCCAGAGAGUGGCAAACAGAUGUGCAGUUUCAGCCAGAAGGGCAGAUCCCCUUGCCAGAAAGAGGAAAGAUCCUCAGAGCCCAAGGCAGAAGAUCUGCAGACUACCAUCCAGGAAGGGUUGACCAGCCCAUCUUCUCCACCACAGGUGAAGAGCAUCACCUGCGAGAGAGAGUUUUACAUUCCAUCAGUUGACCUCCUCACAGCACAGGACUUGCUCUCCUUUGAGUUGCUGGACAUCAACAUUGUGCAAGAGCUGGAGCAGGUCCCUCGUGAUAGUCCUGUGGAUUCUCAGGAAGGGAAAGGAAAGACCGAAUCCCCAGCCAACCAGGAAGAAGGAGAUGAAGAUAUGAGUGGAACACAGUUUGUGUGUGAGACGGUCAUUCGUUCCCUGACCUUGGAUGCUGCGCCUGACCAUAGGCCCCCACAAAAGAAGAAAUCUUUGCAGAUUUCUCAACAAGCACUACAGGAUACCACCCACCGUAGCCCAAAGACUGAGGAUCCCAUUAGGAUCAAAAGCAGUUCUAUUUCCACACUACAGGAACCAGAGUCCACGAAUCAGGACACUGAGGUGGCUAAAGAGCCCAAGUUUGAGCAACUCCUAGUGCCAGAUGGCGAGGAAUCAAGCGACAGAGAGGCUGACAGCGAUGCUCAGGAUGAAGUCCGUAGCCAGGUGUCUUCCACUUCCUCCGAGGAUUACGUGGUCAUCCUCCCAGAAUGCUUUGACACCAGCCGCCCUCUGGGCGAGUCCAUGUACAGCUCUGCUCUCUCGCAGCCAAGCCUAGAGAAAGGAGCUGAGGGCCCAGCCAGUCCCCAAGAAGAGAGCCAGCCCUCUGCUCACAGCAUCAACGAUAUCCUGACCACAUCGCAGGUCCUGGAUGCAGUGCCACUGGCCCCUCAGAUCAUGGGGGCCCCGCCAGUAAGGUCUCUAGACCUUUCCCAAGAUGACAGUCUUCAAGAAACAAGAUCUCAAGAAGCCUGGUCAUCAGCUCCAGACCAAAUGAGAGAAGCGGUCCUAUUUUUUUCUCCUCUAGGAGAUGUUUCUGGAGUUCCACCAGCAGAGAUUGUAACCAGCACAUCAACAUCCUCAGAAUUCUCCAGACACACCCAAGGGCACAGCCUGGCCGGGGGCUUGAUGAAAGGGGCCUUAUCAGUGGCUGCUUCAGCCUACAAGGCCCUGUUUGCUGGACCACCUUCCACGGAGCAGGCUCUUCCUGUGAUCACCGAGGAACAGAUGAUGGCCUUCCUGGCCAGCCUGAGCGAGAUGGGCUUCUGCAACCGGCAGCUCAACCACCGGCUGCUGCAGAAACAUAACUGUGACAUGGGCCAAGUGGUCACGGAGCUGCUGCAGCAAAGCCACAGUGACUGGUAUGGGAACCAAUACUGA